CUCGCUCGGGUGGGUUUCUGUCCAAAACCCGCGAUCAAAUCAUGGCCGCCACGGGUAGAUUUGACGAUACAACUUCCCGGGGUGAGAUAUACGUGCACACGUGCGGCAACCCCACCUACCUCGACCCGUUAGAUGAGCGCAGUGAUAUCGCCCAGUCGGCGGGGUGUAGGAAAGCGGAUCUGGCGUAUCAGUGGGUGCGGUAUCAUUCCUUGUUGCGUCGCGAGUGGGGUGAUGCUGUGUUGUUUGCGACGAGCAGUCUGGGGCAGUUGAGAAUGACGAUGAAGGGGUUUAUAACUGGAUCGUUAGGUAAGGCUCUCGUUCACCGAGUGAAAUGGAUUGUGGGGGAGUUUGGACGCCCAUGCACGAGGGGAUAUGUUUGAGGCGUUCCAGAGCAUGCUUUCUGCUCGGCAGGCAUGAGCAAAAUCAGUGGCCACCACCAUUUGACAGUGGAAUGACAACACAACACGGUCUAUCGAAGAGACACGUACACGUCAGGCUCGCUUACCCGAAGGUGGGCAUAUCAUAUCGGGGUUACGGGUCACUAGAGC